AACUUACUUUAGUUGGCUUUAUUUUACUGUGUGUGACGAGGAAAGUUACUUUAAUAAUGCAGACAGUUUUUACUGUGAUUUUAAAAUUAAGUGAGUAGUUCUGUGACUCCGUAUUCUGCCUCCUACCGGAUGCUGGGCUGUAGUAGAGAUUUGCCACGUUGCUGCAGACAGCAGCCUUAAAGCGUCUGUAUGGGAGGAUGUAGUUUCUUCACUCACACGGCGGUGAACAACGUGAACAAACCGGUGUGUCGAGCUUUCUCUCCGGAGGCUCUAAAAUGUUAACAGACAUCAUUCUGGAGGAAGAGUUUGGGAAGAAUGGACAGAACUGGUUCGACCAGCAGGACCUGGAACACGAUCUCCAUCUGGCAGCAGAGUUGGGGAAAACCCUCCUCGACCGGAACCAUGACCUGGAGCAGGCCCUGCAGCAGAUGUACUCCACCAACGAGGACCAGCUGCAGGAGAUAGAGUAUUUGACCAAACAGGUGGAGCUGCUGCGUCAGAUGAACGACCAGCACGCCAAAGUGUACGAGCAGCUGGACGUGGCCGCCAGGGAUCUGGAGCAAGGCAACCGGAGGCUCGUGCAGGACAACCGGCUGGCCCAGCAGAAGAUCCACAGCCUGACAGAAACCAUCGAUGGCCUUCAGACCCACAUGGAGGAUCUGCAGGUCCAGGUGGAGGAGCUGAAGACCGCCCAGGCAGAGCGAAACAAGUGGGAGCUGGCCGAGCGAGCCCAGAGCGUUUCCUGCCUCAAAGAGCUGUACGACCUGCACCAGGACAGGUAUUCAGCCCAUGAUAGUCAUCGUCUCGACGGACUCUUGUCGCCUCGGAGCUCCUUCUACGACAGAGACAGAAUCCCAGACCCAGAGGAGGAGAACCAGGCCCUGCAGCGCUCAGUCCAGACUCUCCAGAACCAGGUCGCUGCUGAGCGGAGCCGCAGGGAGGUGGCCGAGCAGGAGACGGAGCUGACAGCCAGGGAGAACCAGAGUCUGGAGCAGCGCCUGGCCCUGCUGGCGGGCUGCCGGGCCCGACAGAAGGAGCUGGAGGCCGAGGUGGAGCAGCUGAGGGUUCUGUGGCGCGCUGACUGUGCUAACAGCAUCAGAAGACCAGAGCAGCUCCUGGUGCCGGACACAGUGUUCUUCAGCUCAGAGGAAAGGUCCGGUCCAGAGCAGAGUGAGGCGGAGGAGAAGGUGGAGAAGGUGGAGGAUCAGAGCAGGUACAGCCGGCAGAGGUGCAACAGCGACAGCGUGCUGAAGGCGACAAACGCAGAUGAAAUCCGCCGUGGACACGAGCAGCUGUGCAUCAGGCGAGCAGAGGCGGUGAAGCAGAGGGGCGUCUCUCUGCUCAACGAGGUGGACGCACAGUACAGCGCCCUGCAGGUGAAAUACGACGAGCUGCUGCAGCGGUGCCAGCAGGCGGCAGACGGACUCAGCCAUAAAGCCGUCCAGACCUCCAGCAGUCCCUUCGUGAGCAGCAGGACCCGCCGCCGACUGUCGGGCUCGGCGGCUCUGUCUGAUCUGACAGCAGUUUUGGAGGACGGCCAGCAGCCCGAAUACAAGACUCUCUUCAAGGAGAUCUUCACCUGCAUCCAAAGGACCCAAGAGGACCUGAGCGAGAACAGACGUCCAGUCAGGGACAGUGAAUGCCAGACUUCUGCCACAUGAUUGUUGUUCAUCAUCCAGGACUCAUUAGACCAGGGGUCGGCAACCUUUAACACUCAAAGAGCCAUUUCGACCCGUUUCCCACAGAAAACACUGGGAGCCGCAAAAUCCUUUUGGCAUUUAAAAUGAAGACAACACUGCAUAUAUCGCUUUUUUACCUCUAUGCCCUUGUUAAUCAGUCGUGAUUAAUUAAUUACAAAGUCUCUAAUUAGAUAGAUUCAUUUUUUAAAAUUGUGUCCUUCUACUAAUAUUUAUCUUACUUGGUUAAUGUCAUUUUUGCUCCUGGACCUCACACGUUACGUAAUGUUAGCUGAAAAUCAAUAUUUUGCGAAUAUCUAUUUAACUUGUAAAAUCUAUUUAUCUUAAGCUAAUAACUUUUCUCCGGUAAGUCGCUGUCCUAUUUUCCAAGACGACAUUCCUCUGACUCUCUGACCUGCUGCCGUGUUCUUGCGAGUAACGUGUAUUACCCUAUCAUGAGUACUUUUAACUCAAAGACAAGACGUGUCUUUCUUGGAGUGGAGCUUUAAUAUACAGGCUUGUCAUUCUUGAGUACAAAACGAAGUGAAACUACAGGUGUUGCUUCUCCAGGAGUAAAACAAAACAAAAAAAGGCAUGAAACGUGUGGGAAUCGGAAGCUCCGUGUUGUCUCUCUGCAUCAGCUUUGCGCUCUCACGUCACAGGCACAGCACAUCCGGUGGAGUGACACGUCAAAGUAAGAGCGGUAAUUUCACAAUAAAACUCUAUAUUAAAAUGCAUUGAAACGCGCCUGAAAGGCAGAACACUUUAUUUUCCAAAGUUACAGGGAGCCGCAACAGAGGGCCGAAAGAGCCGCAUGCGGCUCCGGAGCCGCGGGUUGCCGACCCCUGCAUUAGACCAAGGGUGUCAGACUCAUUUUAGAUUCACAUAAAGCCCAGUUUGAUCUCAAAUGGGUUGGACCAGUAAAAUACUAACCCUAUACAUAACCACAACUCCAAAUAUUUUCCUUUGUUUUAGGGCAAAAAAGUACAUUCUGAAAAUGUUAACAGUUUAGGAACUGUAUUCAUACAAAACAUUAUGAACUAGAAAAGCACUCGGAGAGCGCAUACCUCCGCCAUGCCGUUUGUCUGUGUGUGUGUGUCUGUUUGUCUGUUAACAGCAUAACUCAAAAAGUCAUGGACGGAUUUUCACCAAAUUUUUUUCUCUGUCCAAUUGAGAGAUGGCCUGGUGGCCAUCUCUCAAUUGUCCUUCGACCUUCAAAAAAUUCCUGGAUCCAGACAGUGAUUCGGAUCACCUCCAAAAUCUAAUCGAUUCUUACUCUUGCUCUUCUGGACAUCCUGUAAAAAAUUUGGUGAAAAUCCGUCCAUGACUUUUUGAGUUAUGCUGUUAACAGACAAACAGACACACACACACACACACACACACACACACACACACACACACACACACAGACAAACAAACUCCGGUGAUUACAUAACCUCCUGGUGGAGGUAACAACCUGAAGUUUCUUUAGAAAAAUAAGUUCAGUUUUAACAAUAUUAUACCUCAGUUUGUCAUUGGCACAUUACAGCUUACAGUUUAUCUACAAGAGCACAAAACAUUCCGUCACAGGCAUCUGGAGCUGAACAAUCUAGUAUUUUACUUUAUGAUGAAAACAACUUGUCAAGUCGAGAUUUUACAAGGUUUAUAGAGUUUUACAAAUUCACAGUAGAUGUCGUCUCUGUAGUGUCUGUAAAAGUGCAAAAGUGUCUAUAUGUUUGACACCCCUGCUUUAGAGUCUGAGAGGUCUGAUGGUUGUUUUGCUAUAAAACUGCUCAGAGGACGGAGAUGCUCUUAGAACAUUUGUCCGUCUGAGACACGCUGCGUUUGCUUUUGUCAGUCUGCACUGUUUCUUUAUUCCGUCCUUGUUGUGCUACUACUUGUUUGAAUCUUAGAUAAAAAACUAAACUUGACAAAGGAGUAUUAUACUUGGAAAUAUUUAGACUGAAAUUAAAAUGUUUUAUCAGGUCUUAAGUAAAAAAAAACCCACACUUUGGCAGCUUGACUUCUAAAUCCAAGUAUUACGUCCUGCCGCAGUAUUUAGUGUUUAUGUGAAGUUAACUGUGGUUAUUUGGAGGCACGUAGAGCUCUGAUGGUACAGCGGUUGUAAACUGGUUGUGUAAUCAGGAAUGUUGUAAGAGGAUGAAAAACUGAAGCGGUGUAAUCAGUAAAGGCUCAGGAGUUUGUGAUAAUUAGCUGAACAGUUGGUGUAGGCUGGUUUGUGUACGUUUGCUCAGCAGAUGAGGGUCAUUAACAGUGAAAUACAAGAAAAGUAGUCAGAGAGCAGUACUCCGCCAAGGCUGCUCAGUCGUGUAGUUUCUGACGAAUUCAGCUUUAAAAGAUUCAUCGUCUCGAUUUGUAGUAGGAUCACAAUCAUGUGAUUGUCAGCAGGCAGCGGAUGUAGUGUUCACUUGUUGUCAUGGUUACAGUGAUGUUGUGCCGCUAUCUGGUAAUGGCACAGAAAUCUUUAACAAAUCCGUAGAUUCAGACUAUAAGCUGCAUCACUGCCAGAAUCUAAUUACUUGGUCCUUGUGUCAUUUCUGACCUUCCCUGAAUAUUUCUUUCAAAUCCAUUAUUCCUUUUUCAGUAAUGUUGCUAACAGACAGACAGACAGACCAACGCCGAUCCUCGCAUAACUAAACAAAUGAUCAAAAUGAUGAGAAAUUUGUCCCAAAAUGACUCAAAAUCUGUCCAAAGUGACAGAAAAUGUCCAAAAUGAAUCAAAAUUGGUGGAAAAGGACUCAAAGUUGGUCAGAAAUUACUCAAAAUGUAUUAAAAAUGACCAAAAUUAAAGAUUUGUCCCAAAAUAACUUGAAACUUGUCCCGUGACAAAAAACAUCCAAAAUAAGUCAAAAAAAUUGUGGAAAAUGACUCAAAACAUUUCAGAAAUGGCUCAAAAUUUACUAAAAAUAGAAAUUAAAAGUCUUUAACUUAUCUGUGGAUCCAGACUAAAAGCCGCAUCACUGCCAAAAUCUAAUCACUUGGUCCUUGUGUCAUUUCUGACCUUUCCUGAAAAUUUCAUCUAAAUCCGUUUGUCUGUUUUUGAGUAAUGUUGCAAACAGACAAACAGACAGACAGACGCUAAUUGUCGCUGCGUUCCUUGGCGGAGUAAUGACUGGACACUGGAAAAUUGCUGCUUUAACAGCCUCUGCUUCAUGUUUUCUGCACUUUUUUUAUGACGAAAUCACAUUUUAUUUAUUAACAGAUAUUUAGAGAUGAUUAAAUGUGUAUUUAUUUUUUUAGAGCAGAUUGAUUAGUUGACUGGAAGUAAAGCUAAACGUACACUGGUGUGUUUGUUCUGUGGUUGUGUAUUUUAUUUCUGACAGAGUAAGUGGAAAACACAAAAGACAUUCUCAGUAAGCAGUUUCCUUUACCGUCAGUUGUUGUAAUAUUUCUCCUGAUUUGGACAUCCUCUGCUAUAUUUCUGUGAUAUGGAACAGAAAUUGGAUUAAUCUUUAAAACCGAUAUGAGUCAUACUGUAUGCAGAGAAAAUGAGAAAUGUUCAGCGAUUAUCGCCUGAACUCCAAACAGUGUUUUACUGUCGCUUCCUGGUGCUGGUGAGACAGAAAAUACUGGUUUAAUAAAUUGAGAGACUUAGCAGUAUUCUGUCUUGUGCUGCUGCAGAAGCUGUUUUACUGGAAACCGACUAGUAAAAGCAUUAAAUCAGGAGUUUUUUCUACCCAACCUGGCAUGAGAUGUUGCAUAUUUUAGAGGAGUUUCAGCUUGUUCUCUGUUUAAAUGCAUACUUGUAAAAUAUCAGUUGACAGUGCUUAUCUGUAUCCUGCAGCGUUUUGUAGAUAAAACCAAAUAAAAACUGCAGUCAAGCAUA